AUGCGCCGUACGGCGACGGCACAAGGCGCGGGCAAGGCCCGCCUCCAGCCGCGAGGGAUGCCCGCCCGGGCUGACGCGUCCGUUGGCCUGCGCACUCACAACGUCACCCGCCACCGCCGCGAGCAGCCGCGCACCGACGCACUUGGCGCAAACAUCGCGCGCGUACAGUUCACAACGCCACUAAAUCCGACUAACCAG